GCUCGGGCAAUAAGCGAAGAUCGCGAGGACAAGCCACUCAAAAAAAAACAUUUUUUUGCAGCACACCCUAUUUAUUCUGAGUGGAGAAAGCAGUCUCACCGAGAGGGGGGCACCACCAGCUUGGGAAGCUCCCUGUGCCGCGGACGACGGUCGCUUGUUGCGCCGUGUGCACACAGGCUUUGCGGCUGCACACACAGGCUCGGAGCGCCAAGCAUAUAGUUGCUUUUAAAGAUUCUCAUCAGACUGACUGGCCUACCCUGUGAGGCAUGUUGUGUUAAAGAAACACCUAUGCAGGUGGACUCUUCACUAAUGAAUGUAGGGGAUGGAGGCACGGUGAGCAGAGAAAUCAGUGCUCCAAAUAAAGCGGCCACGAGCAUGGUGGGAAACCCUCCCCAAACGUUGCCCCUCGAGUUUAGAGGCGAUGUUAGCCUCAGUCAGCAAAACAAGACCACUCCGACAACAGACUGUAAGACAGCGAGAGCCUGCCCGGACACCAGUAAUUACAACCACAGCCCGAAACUCUCCCCACCUCAGCAGCUCAACAAUGAACCGAUGUCAAGCUCAGCCCCCACCGGCUUGGAGAAGAGGGUAGACAAAAGAGUGGUAGAGGCCGUCAAAAUCAAGGCAGACGGCGCGGCGGUCUUCACCACCCCUCAGUGGUCGAGCAGUGGAAAAGUCGGUCGGGACGACUCAGCCAAUCCGAGGAAUCACAGCAAGAAAUCACACACGCCAUCUGCUGGUUUCCAGUGCUCCCUGUUCAAACCAGCCCAGCCAGUUGCCUUCCUGCCGUCUGCCGAUUUCUCCUCCCCGCUUUGUAAAGUCACUCUCCCACCAGCAUUGGGGCAGAUCGCGGCUUUGAGAGAAGCCACGGCCAGUCACUUUCCAAAAGAGAUCCAACCUCAAACCUCAGGUGUAGCAGGGACACCCCUCAUGCGGACCUAUCACUAUCCCUUCCCUGUGGGUCGGACUCCAGGGACGCCUGAGAAAAAGGCCUCUAAACAUAAAGUGAACCAUUCAUCCAGCAAGAAUGGAAAAUCCAUAGGGGAGUCCUUAGCCUCUGUGGUGGCAUCCCCAGCUAUCGCCCUACCGCUACAGCACCCAUCGCUGAACUCCGGAGCACCCACUCACUACACAUUGUCGCCCACCGCCGCCAUUUGCUGCGGCUCUGCACUAGCCACCAUCGCCUCUCAGAGCAGACUACUAAACCACGUGGAGAAGGGCCUCAGCUUGGACAAGACCGCCAUCGGCUCUCUAAAAGCAGAGGACCACAGAAUAUCAUGCUCGCUGGAGCCAAGGGAUGUUCCCCUCGAUUUAUCUGCUAAAUCCAAACGUCCAAAAUGCACAGAUGACCCUCUGGUGGAUCCUCCAAAUACAGAGUCAAAUAAAAUAGACUUUCUGAACUCAAAGAGGACUCAUUCUACAACAUAUAGCUCAGCAGGGCAAUAUCCUAUUUUACCCAAUACCCACAGAAAUGGAUCCCAUCAAAAGCAAUCAACGCGGCCACAGAAUCACCAGCUAUCUGAACGCAAGCCUCUGUGGAGCAAGGGAUCGUCACAGGACCCCAUUAAAAAUAUCCCUGGAACAUACGUCGGUGUGGCGAGUCCCAUACUGGCCUCCACCCUUCGGGGGAAAGAUGGAAAAGGGGCGUUUGUUGAUGAGUUUCAGAGUUUUGCUAAGCAGGAGUUUAUAUCCAUAAUAGACCAAGGUGAGCAAGUUUCUUCAGGAGGAAAGAGGCCACCUUCUCAUGCUCAGAGUAAAAACACCAGCAAUGCCAUCAGUAAGAACUGUUCCACUAAAGGAGCCUUAAUGACGGCCCUUUCAAGUCCCGCCAACACACAUCCAAAGCCUGGAAAAGCAGCAGGUCUGUACUCAACGUGGCAAAAGUCCUCUCAUCCUUCACACCAAGCAUCCUCUGUUCAGAGGAAAGUCUCACCAGGUUCCCCAAAGGCUAAGGGAGCUGUAGAAGGUUCCAAGUUUCAGAGUCCAUCCACACCUGUGGAUGAAACAUGGGAAAAACAGUCUCCGCUGUCUAACCUUGCGUCCAUUGUGAAACAGCAAGAUGGUCAAGUUGCACCGAGAAAAGACACUGUUCUGAAUCUUCUCACUGGAAGCCAAGACGCACCAUCCAAACAGGCCCCACCAGCAUUCUGGUCCUCGGAGAACUGGCUGUCUCAAGGGGGCCUGACUCGAUCCAGGAAUAGGCUUGAAAGGUUGAAGCCGACUGAGACCUCGGAGAACAAAGCAGAGCUACACAGCCGUCAGGGAGAACUCAAGCAAGGUAUCUCAAAACCCUUUGGACAGUCUCAUAGCCUCAGAAGCAACGCAUCCACAAAUAGCAACAGGCUGGAGAGCCAGCUUGCACAGGUCUUGGAGGGAGAGGCGCUGAAGAAGGACAGUGGGGAGUGGGAGAGACCCAGCAAUGAAAAACUGGGAGGUUUAGUCGCAUCUAUUCUGUCGGGUGACAAGUGUGGGAAGAGAACUAACGGAACCAAAGAGGAAUCUCCAACCAAAGCAGCUAAACAGAAGAAAGUUAGUCCUAAGAAGCCUGCAAAGGUAGAGUUGUCAAAAAAGAUUGCAGCAGAGAAAGAAGACACAGGAUGUAGUCCAACCACAGUGUCUGAACAAAAGAAGCAGAAGAAACAAAUAACACCUGAGCUGGAGCAAAGACUUUCCCUCCGGAGCAAAGAGCAGAUUCUGAAAGACCGUACCAGUCUCAAGGAGGAUGACCUCAACAAAACAGAUGGCAGCAGUCCUGAGGGUGAAGAGACCCGUUCCUUGAACCCCGCUGCUCCUAACAAGGAGGCCACCCCUACAGAGAGCCCCUUCCCGCGACUGAGGAGAGGACGGCGGCGAACUGAUGAGGCCAGGCUCGACCUCUGGGGUUUUGCCACGCCUUCUCCACCACCACCGCCGCCUCCGACGACCUCUCAAAUGAGCCCCUCACCUCCUCCGCGGAUGCCAGCUCGCCGCCCGAGAGGGAGACCCCGCUCCAGCCGCUUGUCGGAGCGGGACAAUCAGGACAAGGGCAAGGCGGCGGACACGGAAGACGACAGUCCGGUGCAUAAGAGGCGGCGGCAUUGCCAUAGUAGAAAGUACCAGACGGGCGAGUACAUCACUGACAAGGACAAACUUGAAGACGGAGAGCACCUUGAAGAGUCAGACAGUGUGAUCACAGACGAUUCACACACGGUACGGUGUCCAAGUCCUGCCUUGUCCAAUCCGGAGUCACCGCCACGGAGACCCUCCUUCACUCGCUCAGGCGCGGUGCGCUACCAGGCUAGUGACAUAUCGCCGGAGUCCAGUGACAAACCCUCUGGGAAGAGGAAGUUCAAAAGCAAGCAUUUGUGUGACAGCGAUGAGCAAAAGACGAGGACCAAACGCAGCAGCUUGGGCAAACGCACCUCCUCUAUGGCCCUGGAUGGCGACAGGACAGAGAGCAGCCCACCACCGUCCACCGCCAAAAGCCUGCCGUCAUCUCCUUCCACCAAGAAAAGCUCAUCUGGGAAAAACAGCUGUUCAGAGUCUCCCCCCAAACGACCCGUCCCUCCAGAGGUGCGGCGGCUGAUUGUCAAUAAAAAUGCCGGGGAGACGCUGUUGCAGCGUGCUGCCCGUUUGGGCUAUCAGGAAGUAGUGCAGUACUGUCUAGAAAAGGACAUCAGGGAGGUCAAUCGGCGAGACAAUGCAGGCUACACGGCGCUCCACGAGGCGUCUUCGCGGGGCUGGACGCAGAUUGUCCAGAUGCUGCUCAAACACGGGGCAGAUGUUAACUGCAGCGCUCAAGAUGGAACACGGCCCCUCCAUGACGCCGUGGCGAGCGACAACCUGCCCAUCGUGUGGCUGCUCCUCAACCACGGCGCCGACCCGACACUGGCCACCUACUCUGGACACACGCCCAUCAAACUAGCACACAGCUCCACCAUGAAGACCUUCCUCACGGAGUACUUAACCGACCUAGAGGGGCGCAGCGAGCAGGAUUCCACUUUGCACUGGGAUUUUUACAGCAGCUCCUUGUUUGAGAAUGAGGAGAAGCCCUGCUGGGACUUCCUGCUGUUGGAGGAGAGUGAGGAGUUGGCAGAGGUUGAAAGCGUGGACAAGGACAAGGACUCGGACAAAGACUGCCUCGUGUUUGAGCUCUCUUCUGAGCCGCUUUUACCCUGCUACCACGUCCAGGUGUCUCUAACCCAGGGCUUCUGUAACUGGUUCUUGCUGUCGGACGUCCUGAAGCGUCUGAAGAUGUCGGCGCGGAUCUUCCGGGCUCGCCACCCUCACUUGGAGGUGGCCACGUUGCCUCGCGCCGAGCUCGGACGGCAGGUUCUCGUCAGCCAGGUGGGCUUGCCCUUGGAUUUGAACUCAGAGGAUGAGGAAGAAGAAGAAGAAGAAGAGGAGGAGGAUAAAGAGGCGGGGCUUGUGGAGCUGGUGCGUUGCGUACCAGAGCUCCAGAGACUGCUGGGCUCCUCCAUUCACAUCCUCCAGGACGAGGAUGAGGAAAAGGAGGAGAAGCGGGAGAAGCGGCGAAGUCGGUAGCCCCUCGGCAUGAACUCCAAGGAGAACCACUCCGUCCUUUGCAAGGGGAAGGGGCGGGGCUUCACAGGUCAACUUUGACCACAGACAGCAGCUAUCAGGUUUUGUUUGACGACAGCGACUUUUGUUAAAAAGAAAAGUCUUGCCAUCAGGGUGAUUUGUUUGUAAAAAUGUGGCAGGAUGACCCUUGUUUUACAAAGGGAUCAUUUUGUUGGACCCUUUGCCACGCCCCUUCCCGCCUUCACUCCCUGUUUCCUAAUAACGUCGCCUCCUUCCUCCUCAUCUUUAUCACGAAUGGUCCUUAGCCCUCGCUCAGUCACACUUUUCAGACUUUUUUGUUCAAGAGCGGACUACAGGCGUCUCCUUUGUGUCGCAGUGCGUUCUUGACACUGUUUUGCCGCGCUUUAUUUAAUAGUCUUUAAUAUAUUUGACCUCUUGUCUCUCUGGUAAGCCCAUGUAUGGACAUUUUGCUUUGUAUGGUCGGUGCUUCGUCUUUUUUUUUCUAUUUUGGAAAAAAAAAAAGUACUUAUUAGGAUCCCUUUAUUGCUCCCUGGUUUGAGAACAGUAUUUCAAGCAAGCUAAAGUACAGUUUUAUUGUACUGGUGCUAUAAUAGAUUUUUGUGUUGACAAUCAAUGAAGUUUUGGUUUGGAAUCACAAACUGAUUAUAAUAAUAAUGACAAAAAAAGAUAUUCAAGAGGCUGGAGGUGUAAAGAGAAGUGUAGUUAAGUUGUUGACCUGACUGAGGAGAUGGUGCAAGAGACUUUUAUUUGAUUCUUUUUAUAAGAAAUCAAGAAUAAAGCAUGAUUGUAAAUCA